CCAAAGAUGGGGGCUCGGUUAUGAUAACGAAGGUCAACAUCAGCGAUUAGAUUUAAUAUAGUCUAAUUAGUGUUCCUCUACUCAACAAUGCGGCGGGAAAUUGUUUGGCUUGUCGGUGUUUUAGCCAUUGUACUUGCAGAAGAUAAUUAUUUGUUCGAAACAAAGUAUAUUGAUGUGCCUUUAGAUCACUUUAGCUUUACACAAGACACGAAGUUUAAAUUAAGAUACUUAAUCAAUGACACCUAUCACGAAGAGGGAGGACCAAUUUUUUUUUAUACAGGAAAUGAAGGUGAUAUUAAAAAUUUCGCAAGGAACACAGGGUUCAUGUACGACAUAGCCCCGCAAUUCAGUGCCUUACUUGUAUUUGUUGAACACAGAUAUUAUGGCGAGUCAUUACCCUUUGGCAAUCAGUCUUACUCAUCUAUCGACAAGUUGGGGUAUCUUUCGUCUCAGCAAGCACUGGCAGACUUUGUAUAUGUCAUAGAAGCAUUGCAGGAACAAUAUGCUUAUAAUAAAAGAGAAAAAAAUCUUCCAGUCAUAGCAUUCGGAGGUUCGUACGGCGGGAUGUUAUCAAGUUGGAUAAGAAUGAAGUAUCCUAGUUCUGUGUUGGGAGCAAUAUCAAGCUCUGCUCCAAUUUGGCAACUGGGAGGACUCACCUCCUGCGAAAUAUUUAACAGAAUUACUACUAGUGUAUAUGCAAGCUUCGGAACAGAUAAAUGUACAAAUGGCAUUACAAAUGUUUGGAAAGCAAUAAGAUCUUUUACUAAAACUCCCGAGGGUAAAGCAAACUUAACAUCUACGUGGAACCUGUGCUCCCCAAUUAAAACUCAAGCUGACGUAGAUCAACUGAUAGAUUGGGCAGCAGAAGUUUUAGUUAACAUGGCGAUGGCUAAUUAUCCUUACCCUAACAGCUUCUUAGUAAAUUUGCCUGCUUAUCCUGUUAGAGAAUUUUGCAAUAAACUUAAUAGUCACAAAUGGAAUGAAGAAUAUGGUUUAUUGGUUGCAGUUGUUGAUGCAUUGGGAAUAUAUACUAAUUAUACCAAAACAGCGAAAUGCAAUAAUAUAAAUGUGACGUCACCUAGUGUUAGUGAUGAGGGUUGGAAUUUCCAGUCUUGCACUGAUAUGAUCAUGCCAAUGUGUUCCGAAUCCUCAGACAUGUUUGAAAAUACCGACUGGAAUUUCCAACAAUACUCCGACACUUGUUACAAACAGUUCAAAGUACGCCCAAGAAACCUAAACGUACCACUUCUUGAAUAUGGUGGCAAGGCUAUAGAAGCUGCAUCAAACAUAGUCUUCAGCAACGGACUUCUCGACCCCUGGUCUGGCGGUGGCGUUUUAGGAAAUAUUAAUGACAGAGUUAGGGCGAUAAUAAUUCCUAAUGGGGCUCAUCAUUACGACCUAAGGGGAAAAAACGAUUUAGAUACGGAUGAUGUGAAGUAUGCUAGGAAUUUCCACGUUCGUAAAAUCAAGGAAUGGUUGCGGGAAUACUACAGAGAUCCUCAAGUAAAUGUUAUUUAGAAGGAUCAAUAUGGUACAAUAACUAGUAUUUAUUAUCUUUUUAUUCUGAUAUUACUUAAAUUGUUUUAUACAUUUAUCUUAAAUAAAAACGUAUUGCAUUAUGUA